ACAUGGUCGUCGGAAAUUCUUCAUACAAUUGUUGGCGCUGUGCUUCAUCCCGCACGCGGCUCUCAUCUUGCAGAACUGCACUGCCAUGGCACAACUGUCCAAUACUUUGGAUGCUUCCUUGUAUCUGGAUACUGAGGUCCAAACAAAUCUGGCUGUCGGCGAAACAGUGAUGGCGUUUCAGAAGGAGAGACUGAGUAUGACAAAAGCAAGCUGUCUACAAGAAUCCCGACAGGAAAGCAGAUCGAAGUUAUUGGAAGCUAUCGAGGCUACAGAUAAUUAUCUAGCGACGCUCCCAGCUUCGAUAAUAGAAGAAGGUUUUAUACACAAGUUAUACACCUCUAGGAAGACCGUGCUGCAGCUUUCAGCUGGUUCGGAGUUGCUGAGGACAAUGGAGGAACUGUCGUUAGUCCUGAUGCUGUCCAUCUACGCGUCCGCCUCGGAGAAGUUAGACCUGCAGAUGGUGGCUGAGAUGCUGGUACACCUGGCGUCGGGACAGGAGCAUCUGCAGACUGUCACACAGUAUUUGGAACUAGAGAGUCUAUUGGAGGAAGUUAAGAUGAUGGAAAAUGUUGGCUUAAUUUUCAAUAACACAGAGGCACUACAUCUUAACGACAAUGUGACCGUGGACGCUGUUAGACAGUGGGCGAUAAGCAAUAAGGAUAGCGCGGAAAAUUCAUUGCAAGAUUUAAAAGAAAUACAACAAGUACUGUGGAACGUUAUAAGAGCAUCAGCGAGUCACGAAGUGUGGUCUGCUAGAAGAACUCUUGGCAUAGGUGUGGCAGUAUUGAUUGUUGUGCUGCUGGCAUCUCCUAUAUUAAUCCUGCUCCUCAGACAUACGAUAUGGACUAUACAGACAUUUACAGAAUCGAUAGAGCUAAGUAAUCAGCGGUUAGUUGCUGAGAAGAGAAAAAGCGACGUUCUUCUGUCCCGUAUGCUGCCUAUGGCUGUGAUAAGGAGGCUUCGAGCCCAGAGGACAGUUCCUGCGGAAUCCUUUGACGCUGUCACCAUCUUCUUCAGUGAUAUUGUCGGCUUCACCAACAUAUCUGCUACCAGUACUCCUAUUGAAGUUAUAAAUAUGCUUAAUAUGUUGUACAGAUUGUUCGAUGAGAAAAUAGUUCAAUACGAUGUAUACAAGGUGGAGACUAUCGGUGACGCGUAUAUGGUCGUAUCUGGACUGCCACAGAGAAAUGGCAAUCGUCAUGCAUCAGAGAUAGCGGAUAUGUCCCUGUCGUUGAUGCGUGGUCUGGAAGGUGCGCGGGUGCCGCAUCGACCUGAAGAGUUGCUGAGGAUCAGAGCUGGCAUCAACACUGGUCCGUGCGUUGCUGGCGUGGUCGGUACUACUAUGCCGAGGUACUGUUUAUUUGGAGACACUAUAAAUACUGCCAGCAGAAUGGAAAGUACCGGUGAAGCAAUGAAAAUUCACAUUUCUCAAACAACGAAAAAAGCUUUAGACUCUAUUGGAAAAUAUGAAAUUGAAUCCAGAGGAAUCAUAGAUAUACCGGGUAAGGGAUCUAUGGAGACUUUCUGGUUACUGGGCAAGUUGGGUGGUCUACCCCUGGAGAGUCCGCGUUGUAUGCGCCUACAUGACUACGACCAGAAUAUUCUAGAAAUGCUCAUUAAAUCUUAA